AUGGCAUCUGCAGACACGGUCCAGCAAGCUUUGGACAAGUUGGCCGAGACGUUUCAAAAUGAGGACAAAUCCGACCUUGCGAAGCUGACGCGCCAUGUGCUUUCUUUGCUCAAGCAUGAGGAUACAAGAGCCAAAGGAGUCGAAGCAGUUAUCCAGCUGCAAGAUCAGCUGCACAUUGCACGCCGACUGGGGAAUUACAUUCAGGAGGCGAACUUGGUAGAAGCAAUUGCCGGACGAAUGCGAACGGAUGACGCAUACGGCUUGGAGUCUUCGGUGCCGAUGGUGCAGGCCGAGCAGUCUGAUGAGAUGAAAGCACUCAUAAAGCAGAUGCAGGAAGCAGACUUGAAGUCCCGACCCUACGAGUUUCUGAAUACAGCUGAUUCAGAAGAGAUGACCGUAAACAUCUCUGUUCCUGCUGACACGCAGAUGAAAGAUGUCUCUGUGAAGCUUAGUGCUAAAACGAUCCGGGUUGAGAUCAAGGGGCACGAGAUGCAGCCUUGUGUUAUUGACGGAUCUUUUUUCCAAGCCGUGGAUCCAGCCGGCUGCGAUCAUCAUCUUGAAGGCUCUGGUGCCAAGAGAUUGCUGGUCAUCGACCUCGAGAAGAAGCAGAAUGGAUUGAAGUGGCCAGACCUUCUGGGAUAUGGUGCGAUGUAG